UAGGAAGAUUUCCGUCUUGCCCUGUAUCAGAUCCUUUAGAGAAAAGAGGGGGAAAAAAAUCCCUAGAAGCCGUAAAGGAAGAUGAGGCCAAUGCCGAUGGAAUUCAUGGUAGACCCAGACGAUCAAGGCUCAGCCAUGGAAGUCGACGACGUUGACCCACUCGAGAUCUUCGGCGAAGGCUCCAUCCCUGUUGACAACAAGCUCGCCGACGCCGAUUUCUUCAACAACUUCGAAGACGAUUUCGAUGACUCCGACAUCAACUAAAAAAAAUUCCCAAGUUCCCAUCUUUAUCUCUCUCUCUAUUUAUUUCCCUUUACAGGGUUUCACCCCUGUAAAAUUUCUCAAAUGUUUGUUCAGUUUAGUCGAAUUUGAACUGUUCCAUGGAUUAUCUCCUCUACAAACUAUAUCAUAGUGUAUGAAUUUUAUCAUUAUAAUAAAUAUAGUCUUUUUGAGCCUAGGGCUUUGGUUAA